AUGACCUUUUUGGAAUCCACCAAAGCUGAACCCGCAAAACAGCUGUGGGACGCUGUUGGGCUUCCGCCAGAGGAACUCUCACACCUCCGACUCAGCCCGAACGCAGAUCCUGCGGUGGAUUCUUCAUUCAGGCUUGGGACUGCAGCCCAGGCAAAGAGCGAGAACUGGUAUACCAUCAACGGAAGCUUGGCGGGUUCUGGAUCCCUCUGGGAUGACAUUGCUGGCCUCUACCGGACUAAGGGUGGAUACGUUCGGAUCCAUACAAACUUUCCUCAUCAUCGACAGGGUAUACUCGACAUACUGCAAUGCGAACCAAACAAAGAUUCAGUGGCGGAAGCACUGUCAAGCUGGGACUCCAUAGAAUUCGAGACGGUGGCGUCGGCCCGUGGAAUGUGCGCUACGGCACUGCGGUCAUUCGAAGAAUGGGACGAACAUCCGCAAGCUAAGGCACUCCGAGGCGUUCCUCCCGUCUCCCUUAGUAAGAUAGGUGAUGCGCCUAGGCGUGAGAUAGAGCGCGACGUUACCCGUCCUCUGGAUGGCAUCAGGGUCCUGGACUUUACUAGAGUCCUUGCUGGCCCUGUUUGUGGUCGGACACUCGCAGCUCAUGGCGCGGACGUGCUAUGGAUCACCUCGCCCAAGCUUCCUUCUCUUCCCCUGAUUGAUGUCGACACAUCCCGUGGAAAGAGGACCGCGCAGCUCGACCUCACAUCCGAUGCUGACGCCGAGAUAUUGAGGUCUCUCGUAAGAGAAGCUGACGUCUUCCUACAAGCAUACCGUCCGGGUGGGCUGGAAGCCAAGGGGUUCGGAGUCGCAGAGGUGACAAGAGAGCGUCCAGGGAUUUUUGACUCCUUGGUGCAGACUGCCACGGGUUUCAACGUAGCAGAAGGUGAAGCGUACGCUGCGCAUAGCCAAAGCCAGAAAGGUGCGCCAAGGCCACUGCCGUUGCAAGCCUUGGACCACACUGCAGGAUAUUUCCUCUGCCUUGGUAUCAAUGCUGCUCUAGCCCGAACUGUAACGGAAGGGGGAUCAUGGGAAGUCCGGGUCUCUCUCGCAGCGGUAGGACAGUGGAUACGAUCCCUAGGCCGGCUCCCGCCCCAAGUGGGCUUCGGAGAAGGACUCCCUCUACCUGCACGACAGAUCCCCCUGGCACCCGAGAUCGCAGCUCUAUCCACGACAGUCCAGGGAUGCGGAGAAGUGGAGGAAAAGCCGCGCAGGACCAUGACAGCCAUUAGACAUGCAGCAAUCCUAUCUUAUACCCCUGUUCGAGAGGGAGAAGCGCCGAUGGGGCUUAAUAAGCAUGCAACGAGGUGGCUGCCUCGGAAAUUCGCACAAGAUUCCAUCCGCUUUGCACGCACUGUGUUAUGA